AUGGAUCCACAAUUCGGGGGUGUUAGCAACAUUUAUCGUCCAAGGGCGAUCGUGCAAUUGCCUAAGAUAUGGAAGCACAACUCCUGCCGUAUCGCCACCAUGAGCGAAGGUCGGCCCGCCCAGCCCGGAGUGGUUGCACCUCUAUUCCCUACGACGUGGAGGAAUUUCGUAGACCAGGCUGCGCAAUUGAGUGCCUGCUUUGCCGGAGGUCAAGCGAAGGGUGGAUACGUCCCACUCAACUUACCCGGUGGACAGCUUGGUGCGGCUAUGUAUAUGUACAGCAGCGAUUCAAAUUGGAACAUACUCACCAUGAAUACGUAUAUGAGCAGCGGAAUCCCUGUCUUACCCAAUACUCAGCCAAACCAGCUCGGCCUGCCUAGCAACGGUUCUUCUUCAAGCCAAUAUAGCUUGCUCAGCAAUGCGAGCGUCUUGACCGGCACAUCCUUGGGAGCCUCGACGAUAUCUAUCAACCUUUGA